GCUGCAUGUCAUUUUUUUUUUAUCUCACGCAUUAAUUUAGUUGUUAAAACUAAAGAGGUAAGCUUAAAUUUUUGACAAUGAUUGGACGGCAAAUCUUGGCAGCGUUCCUGGCUGUAUUGGGCUUCCUGGGUACCAUCCUGGUAGCUGCUCUGCCCAUGUGGAAGAUGUCGGCUUUCAUAGCAGCCAACAUUGUGACAGCGCAGAUUUACUAUGAAGGCUUGUGGAUGAACUGCGUGCUACAGAGCACUGGACAAAUGCAGUGCAAAGCAUAUGACUCGGUUUUGGCUCUACCUCAAUACCUUCAGGCCAGUCGAGCCUUGAUCUGCUUCUCUGCUGCUGCUGGACUUGUUGCCUUUGGAUUAAUGGUCGUUGGGGGCAGAUGUACCAACUUCUUCCGUAAUGACUGGAAUAGAAAAGCCAGGAUUGGUAUAGUAGCUGGGGUGGUCUACAUCAUUGCAGGGAUUCUUUGUUUGAUUGCUGUUAGCUGGGUAGCAUACAUCAUCAUCCAGACCUUCAACGAUCCUCUCGUUAAUUCAGCAAGCAAGGGAGAGUUGGGGGCCUGCAUCUAUAUUGGAUGGGUAGCUGGAGUCCUCCUUGUUUUGGGUGGAGCAUUAUUCAUCUGCACAUACAGAACUUCCUACAGCAAAAUGAUAUCGCAGAGACUUCAAAUCCUUGGUCUUGUCCUGGCACUGAUUGGCUAUGUGGGCACCAUCGUCAUCUGCGGCCUACCAGCCUGGAAGAUGUCGGCUUUCAUUGGAGCCAACAUCGUGACUUUUCAAGUCUAUUGGGAAGGCUUGUGGAUGGAUUGUGUGGUUCAAACCACAGGUCAGAUGCAGUGUAAGGUCUAUGACUCCCUGCUUAUUCUUCCUGUACAUCUGCAGGCGGCUCGAGCCAUGAUAAUCGUCGCCCUCAUUGUUGGAAUCCUGGGAAUCAUCGUAACCAUCAUUGGUGGCAAAUGCACCGGCUUCGUAGAGGAUGUGAGCGCUAAGGCUAGAAUCACCAUCGUUAGUGGGAUCAUCUUCCUCAUUGCAGGGCUUCUUGUUCUCAUUCCUGUGUGCUGGACUGCAAAUGAUGUCAUCAGGGACUUCUACAACCCUGCCCUUACGGAUGCCCAAAGGAGAGAACUGGGACCUUGCCUCUACAUCGGUGCCGGAUGCGCUGUACUUCUCAUUGCCGGUGGAGCCAUCCUUUGUAGCUCGUGUCCACCAAAUGAGGACAAUAACUAUCCUGUAAAAUACACUCCGGCCAAAUCUACAGUGAGCAGCAGCAAGGUUUAUGUGUAAGAAGGAAACACAUUUGAUUUGCAGUCACUUUAUUGGACUGGUAAAAUGAUCAAGCAAUUUAAUUAAAGAACUUUGAAUCACUAUCCAGUGUGUAUAUUACAAUAAAAUGUAGCAUUGUGUCUACAUUUUAGUGUAAUGUGUUGAUAAGAUGGUCAUUUCCAGUACAUCAUUGAUAAACAUCAUUAACCAACAUCUAGAGCAUGGAAUUUUACACAACACUAAACAUAUAAAAUUGUAUUUAUUUGCAUUUUGUUGAAAUACGGUAGCAUCUGAAAGUACAGAAACUAAAAUCUAGUACAGAACUACUUUAUAUAUAUACCAUACACAUAUGCUCAUUUAUAUUGCAUUGUUUGCAAAUUACUGAAGUACUAUGUCUGAAGGAUAGACUUAACUUAAUCUUAUAUCUUGCACUGAGGUUGGCUUGUUCAAACAAAAAAAGAGAAGUCUGAGAAGUCUUUAUACAAUAGAUUCUUUUUUGUACAUGAAUUGAAGAAUUUUGACACAAUAUGCGGAACAGUUAACAGAAUGGUAUGGAAUAUUGUUUUGUUUUUUUCUUUUCUGUCCACACACAUAUGUGAACUUGUCUAUGUUAAUGUCCAGAGACAAAAAGAUGGCCAGAAAUACUACUGACCUGGUAACUGUGAGAAAGUAAAUGUCUUUUGUUUUUUUUUGGAAAUGUUUAUGAUUUGUGUUUUUGAAGGAAUGUGAUUUAUUUGUUUAUUUAAAUGAAUCUUGCAAUCAAACAAUUAUCUGAAUAAUUUGUCUGAAAAGUAUUAAUUUUGGAAGCAUCAAAAAGUUUUGUUUUUAUUCACUGGGUACCUUUUUAUAUUAUUAUCAUUACCAUCAUUACA